UAAAACUGACUGUUAUCUAAUGUUUGAGUCAGUUAGAGAGCACUACUACACUAGUUAACUAUAGUGUUUACAAUGUCUUUCUACUCGCCGUCGGGCUCGUGUUGCGUCCGUCCCGCUGUGAGCGCCAUCAAUUUCGACACCGCGCAGCGCAAAAAAGCGUCGCCAAACAUCUUUGCGGACAUAAACCAGGAAGUGCUCGUUAAACUUUUUGAGAAUGCCGGAGAUAUGAAAGCGGUCGAAAGAGCAAAGAUCAUUCUCACACAUUACCAGGACCCUGAGGGCAUCACCAAACAGCUUGUAGCUCUCCAACACGAUAAAAAACACAAAUGGAUGUUUAUAACAGAACUGACGCGACGCGCGUUUACGUUACGCUGAGGCUUCUGUAGAAAGCGUGCAGAUGUGUUCACUACGAAAGAUGCCGGGAGAUUUAGGCUGGAUUUCCUCAAGGUGCUGAACUUCUGAUGGUUUUCCACGUAAACUCUGUCUGGAUAAUGUGAAUAUACUACAGAUGGAAAUGACUGGACUGUGGAUGGAAAUGACUGGACUGUGGGCGGACAUUUGCCAAGUGACUUUUGUGGAUGCUUCUUGACAUCUGGAGAACAUGACGCAUCGAGGACAAUUGAGGACAUUUAAAUGAUACCUUAGACUGAAACAUUGAAUGCACUUAUGAAGAAGAUUCAACAAAACCUGGAUUUCAAUUAUGCAAUCUUUUUGUAAUAAAUUAUUUUGACAAGAAAUAUACUUGAAAAGUAUGAAUAAAAUACUUGAAUUUGA